UCUACGUCACCAAGUGUAGCUUCCGGUGCCGCCUAGUCCCCCUGGGUUGUGACGUCACUUCCUAUCUGUCUCUGGCUUUCGUUUUCCGGCGAGGAAGUGACGCUGCCGCCGGGAGGGGGCGGGGCCAGCCGCGCUCGGAGCCGGGGACGAGCCCCAGGAGCUAUGGCCGAGAUCAGCGACCUGGACCGGCAGAUCGAGCAGCUCCGGCGCUGCGAGCUCAUCAAGGAGAGCGAGGUGAAGGCGCUGUGCGCCAAGGCCCGGGAGAUCCUGGUGGAGGAAAGCAACGUGCAGCGGGUGGAUUCUCCUGUGACAGUGUGUGGGGACAUCCACGGUCAGUUCUAUGACCUCAAGGAACUGUUCAGGGUCGGGGGUGACGUCCCAGAGACCAAUUACCUCUUUAUGGGCGACUUCGUGGAUCGAGGCUUCUACAGUGUGGAGACCUUCCUGCUGCUGCUGGCACUCAAGGUGCGCUACCCUGACCGCAUCACACUGAUCCGGGGCAACCACGAGAGCCGGCAGAUCACCCAGGUGUACGGUUUCUAUGAUGAGUGUCUGCGCAAGUACGGCUCGGUCACCGUUUGGCGUUACUGCACUGAGAUCUUCGACUACCUCAGCCUGUCGGCCAUCAUUGACGGCAAGAUCUUCUGCGUCCAUGGGGGCCUCUCCCCGUCCAUCCAGACGCUGGAUCAGAUCCGCACAAUCGAUCGCAAGCAGGAGGUGCCGCAUGACGGGCCCAUGUGUGACCUGCUCUGGUCUGACCCCGAAGACACGACGGGCUGGGGCGUGAGCCCGCGGGGCGCCGGAUACCUCUUCGGCAGCGAUGUGGUGGCCCAGUUCAACGCCUCCAAUGACAUCGACAUGAUCUGCCGCCACCAGCUGGUGAUGGAGGGCUACAAGUGGCACUUCAACGAGACCGUGCUCACCGUCUGGUCAGCCCCUAACUACUGCUACCGGUGCGGCAACGUGGCCGCCAUCCUGGAGCUGGACGAGCACCUGCAGAAGGAAUUCAUCAUCUUUGAAGCUGCCCCCCAGGAAACACGGGGGAUCCCCUCCAAGAAGCCCGUCGCUGACUACUUCCUGUGACCUCCCCCCACCUGGGCUGAGGCAGCCCCUGGCUUCCCAUGCUGGGGGGUUUGGGGGCACUUGGGGAGCUGAUCCUGGUCCCGCUCGUUCCCUGGGGUGUCGAACGUGGGCCGCCCAGAAUCCAGCCCUGCUCUGGAUGAACUGACUGUUACCUCCCUGCCCCCGUCUCCCUCCUGCUCUAUGUUACCCCUCCCCCUCUGCAGGACCCCCAAAUUGACAGCUGAUUUCUCCAGGCUUCAGUACCCCGGUCUCUUAUUUAAUAUCAGGACUCCUCUCCCGCAGCAGCCUGCAGCCCCGGCCUGGCUGCAGCAGAGCAUCUGCCCUCCCAAAACUGGAUCCACAUAUCUGGGGGAGACCCCAACCCAGCCAGACAUCCCACUAUCCUGUAGGUCACCCCACAACUUCAUCUCUCCUGAGGGACCAGUUUCCCCACCCACCCUGCCUCUUUGGGGAGGGGGGCUAUUCCUACACCCCCCAUUUUCUCUGGGGAGGGGCCCUUCCUUCUGAUCUGUCUCCUCUUGACAUUUUUUAUUUCUUCAGUUUAAUUAUUGUUUCCAAUUUUUGCCUUUUUUGUUCAUUUUAGAUAAAAAAAAAAUCUAAUAAAAUGGGGAAAAAAACAG